AUGCGUGAAUUUAUAAGCGGCAAAUCGAUAAUAUUCUAUAUUUUUCCUUCCUUUUGUGAACAGCUUUUCUUUUACAGCGAAUCCCCUCGGCGAUCUCUCCAGUUUGACUGCAUGAUCUUCAUGAUUUCAAGAAGCAUUGCUACAUCGUCUGUUUCCUGUGAAGCGGGAAACAAGAACAACUUCCCUUUCUGGAUCCUUAUUUGCCUAUUUUCAAGAUUCUCUGGGACUCCAGUCCUAUACUUAACCCUCCUGUUCUCUGUGAAGUGCCUUUCAUCAAUUUAG